AUGACUAAUAGACUUAUUAACGAGAAAAGUCCUUACUUAUUGCAACACGCUCAUAAUCCCAUUGACUGGUAUCCAUGGGGACAAGAAGCCUUCGACAAAUCAAAAGCCGAGAAUAAACCUAUCUUUUUGAGUGUAGGUUAUAGUACAUGCCAUUGGUGCCAUGUUAUGGAGCAUGAAUCGUUUGAGAAUCGAGAAAUAGCCGAGAUUAUGAAUACAUAUUUUGUCAGCAUCAAAGUGGACAGAGAAGAGAAUCCAGGAGUAGAUAAGCUAUACAUGACUUAUAUUCAAUUGACUUCUGGAGGAGGUGGAUGGCCUAUGUCUGUCUUUUUGACACCUGAACUUAAUCCAUUUUUCGGUGGAACCUAUUUCCCUCCUCAAGAUCAAUUUGGUAAGCCUGGAUUCAAGACACUCUUAAAGCGUAUUGCACAACUUUGGAAUGCAAACCCUGAUAAAGUCAUUGCAAGUGGAAAGAAUGUGACUGAACAAUUGAGAUCUUAUAUUCAAGCAAAACCUGCAGAAUCAAGUGAUGAAUUGGAUCCAAAUGAAAUUGCUGCAGAAACAUAUCACCACUUUGAGAACUCAUUUGAUGCUGUUCAUGGUGGAUUUGGUUCAGCCCCUAAAUUCCCUACACCUGUUCAACUUCAAUUCUUGAUUGACUAUUACAUGUACAACCGUCAACAUGUUGCAAGAGCCAAUGAUGCACAAAAGGCAUUGGAUAUGGCUUUAUUUACACUAAAGAAGAUUGCUAGUGGUGGUAUUCAUGACCAUGUAGGUAGUGGAUUUCAUCGUUACAGUACAGACAAAAUAUGGCAUGUACCUCACUUUGAAAAAAUGCUAUAUGAUCAAGCCCAACUGUUAUCGCUGUAUUCUUCUGCAUAUCAAAUCACAGGUGAACCUUUAUUUGCCAAUGUGACCAAGGACAUUAUUCAGUAUGUUUCUCGUGAUUUGCAGCAUAAUCAAGGUGGAUUUUAUUCUGCUGAAGAUGCUGAUUCAUUGCCUACACAAAAUGCUUCCAAAAAAUUGGAAGGCGCAUUUUGUGUUUGGGAAAUGUCUGAAUUACAAGAGGUGUUAGGAUUAGAGAAAUCACGUAUCUUUGGUGUUCAUUAUAGCUGUAAAGAAGAAGGCAAUGUAGAUCCUGCUCAAGAUCCUCAUCAAGAAUUGGUGCAUAAGAAUGUAUUGACUGAAAGAGGAUCAGUAGAAGAUACUGCAAAGAUUACUGGUAUGACACCCAGUGAAGUCGCUCAUAUCUUGAAAGAAGGCCAAACUAAACUUUGGGAAUAUCGAUCCAAAGUACGCCCUAAACCACACCGUGAUGAGAAAAUCAUCACCUCUUGGAACGGUUUAAUGAUUACUGGUCUUGUUCAUGCGUAUGAAGCCUUGGAAGGAGAACAUAUUCUCCAAUUGGCUGUGUCUGCCGCUAAUUUCAUCUACAAUCAUCUCUACCAGCCCUCCAAUCAUAUCUUAUUUAGAAGCUAUUGUGGAAGCACUUCUGACAUUGAAGGAUUUAUUGACGACUAUAGCUAUCUUGUUCAGGCUUUAUUGGAUUUAUAUGAAGUUACAUUUGAUGAGAAAUGGCUUGAAUGGGCAUUCACUCUUCAACAAAAGCAAAAUGAAUUAUUUUAUGAUUCAGAAGAAGGCGGUUAUUUCAAUGUAGCUAUUUCAGACAAACAUCUCUUGCUUAGAAUGAAAGAAGAACAAGACGGUGCUGAACCUUCAGCCAAUGCAGUCUCUUUAAGAAAUUUGGUCCGUCUCGCUUCACUUUUACAAGUAUCGGAAUACAACACAAAGGCAAAAGAGACUGCUAAUGCAUUUAAAUUGUCUUUGACUAAAUUCCCUUUCGCCAUACCUGCGUUAGUAGCCUCUUUUAUGUUGGCCACCAAUGGUCUUAAAGAGAUUGUCUUGGCUGGUGGCACGUCAAACGAUCAUCUCAAGCUAUUUCAAAAGAUUGUUUCUCGUGUAUUUAUGCCCAACAAAUUGGUUGCUUUUGCUCAACCCAAUGGUUUUCUUACCAGCAGAAAUGCCAUUAUUCAAGAAAUAGCCUCCAAAAAUACAACCAGUGAACCAGCAGCUUAUAUUUGUGAGAACUUUGCUUGCGGUCUACCCAUUCACGACCCUGAACAACUCAAAAAAGCAAUGUCUAAUGGACAUUAA